AUGGAGUUCAACGUCCCUUCGUCAUCCUCGUCCGACGACGAUACAACUUCAUCUAGUUCUUUUGAAUUUGAAGAAGCCAUCAACGAGGUGGUAAUGACAACGAUCAAUUUAAUGGUUCAAGUUGCUAGCGAGGACAAUGAAACGGAUGACCAACCGAUUAGAAGAAGAACUCAGAUUAUGCGGGAUCGUGCCGCAGGACAACAACGGCUGAUGCAAGACUAUUUCGGGGAGGAGCCGGUAUAUGACGCGAAGAUAUUUAGACGUCGGUUUCGCAUGAGUAAACGUCUAUUUACCCGUAUUACAAACGACAUGGAGGAAGAUUAUGAUUAUUUCAAACAAAAGUACGACGCUCGUGGGUAUCUUGGCUUUACUACAUUACAAAAGUGUAAUGCGGCCAUCCGACAACUCGCAUAUGGCACAAGCGUUGAUUCAUUUGACGAGUACCUGGGAAUGUCUGCCAGGACUGCGCGAGAGUCACUCACACACUUUUGUAAAGGUGUGAUUGAGUUGUAUGGGCCGGCUUAUUUACGACGUCUGACUUGGAGUGAUCUCCAAAGGAUGUACGACGUGCAUGAGCACGUUCACGGUUUCCCUGGUAUGAUCGGUAGUAUCGACUGCAUGCACUGGAAGUGGGAACAAUGCCCUACCGCUUGGCGUGGUACACAUACUAGAGGCGACAUUGGCAAACCGUCGUUAAUAUUGCAGGCGGUUGCAUCUUAUGAUCUUUGGAUACAGAAUGCAUAUUUUGGUCAACAAGGUUCUCACAACGACAUCAACGUGUUUGAGUCUUCGUCGGUUCUCGAAGAGAUUAUAAACGGGUUGGCACCAAGUUCAGCGUUUUAUGCGAGCGAUAAUUACUACAAACGCGGAUAUUAUUUAACUGAUGGUGUUUAUCCGGAGUACGCAACGUUCGUAAAGACGUUCACCGAUCCUAUUGAUCUUAAAAGAAAAUAUUUCAAGAGAAAACAAGAAUCGGCAAGAAAAGAUAUCGAGCGAGCGUUUAGAGUUCUUCGAAAGCGAUGGCACGUCAUCAAUUAUCCAGCAAGAUACUGGACAAAGGAAAAAAUGCAUGACGUCAUUUACACAUGCAUUAUUUUGCAUAACAUGAUAUUGGAAGACGAAAACAAAGCCAUUUGCCAAGAUUACAAUGAGAAUGACCCUUCAUUGUUCCCGGAGUAUUGGACACAAGAAGUAUCAUCGGAGACACGAAUCGAGAACAUAAUGGAUAUAAAGAAUAGAGAAACACACAACAUGCUUAUGUCUGACCUGAUCGAUCACCUAUGGGACAACAAACAACCAGGAUACGAGGCGGAACUCGUUAACGAGGAUGAAGGAGAUAACGAGGAUGAAGAUAAUAACGAUGUAGUCGACCUCGACCUAAACGAGUACGUUAGUGACGAUGAGUAG